AGCGAAUACAUCUAAUGAUCGACACACGAGAUGGACAAAUACAUACUCGCCCGAGCUCACGCGCUGGUGGAAAGAUAUAAGAUAUAGAACCCACCGCCAAAGUUGAAUGUAUUCCCAUCCGCCAUCCAACAACUUUCCAUUCAAUCACUACCUUUUCAACCUAUUUCAAUAUGAAGUUCUCCAUGACUCAGGCUGGCCUGGUGUCGGCUACCAUGCUUCUCAGCUCUGUUUCUGCUCAGACUUGUGAUAUUCCUUCCAACCCUCAGUGGUCUUCCACCACUGCUCUUGCUCAGCCCAAGAACGGCUGGGUCAGUCUCAAGGAUUUCACCACCACCAACUACAACGGCAAGCACCUUGUCUACGCCUCUUACCAUGACGACAGCAACUACGGAGGUAUGAACUUCGGACUCGUCAGCGACUGGUCUCAGCUGGGCUCUGCUGCCCAGAACAAGCUGCCUCAGUCAGCUGUUGCUCCCACUCUCUUCCACUUUGCUCCCAAGAACCAGUGGAUUCUUGCUCACCAGUGGGGUCCUACUACCUUCUCUUACCGUACUUCUACGGAUCCUACCAACGUCAACGGCUGGUCUGCUCCUCAGCCUCUGUACAGCGGCAAGAUCACCGACUCUGGCACUGGCGCCAUUGACCAGACCGUCAUCGGUGACAGCAAGAACAUGUACCUGUUCUUCGCCGGCGACAACGGCAAGAUCUACCGCGCCAGCAUGCCCAUUGGCAACUUCCCCGGCAACUUCCCCACCGCUCAGAUCAUCAUGAGCGACACCACCAACAACCUGUUCGAAGCCGUCCAGGUCUAUACCCUUAAGGGCCAGAACAAGUACCUUAUGAUCGUCGAGGCCCAAGGUGCAAACGGUCGCUUCUUCCGUUCCUUCACCGCCACCAGCCUCGGUGGUACUUGGACUCCUCAGGCUGCUUCUGAGAGCAACCCCUUCGCCGGCAAGGCAAACAGUGGUGCUACCUGGACCAACGAUAUCUCGCACGGAGAUCUUGUCCGCACCAACCCUGAUCAGACCUUCACUGUUGACCCUUGCAACCUUCAGUUCUUGUACCAGGGACGUGAUGCCAAGUCUACUGCCACUUACGACAAGCUUCCUUACCGCCCUGCUGUUCUUACCCUCAAGAACCCCGUUCGCAAGUAGAGGGUCAACUAGCAUUAUCUGGCGUGUUUUUUUGAAGAAGAAAGAUUUGAUCGAGUUUUUGGAGAGAUUGACGGAUCGGACCGUUGUCUGGGUCACUCUCUUCCUUAGCAAGUAGCAUAGCAAUAUCUCGACUGGUUUCGAGAUGUUGGCAGUGUGAAGAAUUAGAAUACUCCCCGGA